GAUGAUAGAUCAAUACCUGCAUAAUUUACAUAUAUACACACACAGUCACUGCCCCACUUGAUAUAACAAUUAGCCUGGAGUCGUUUUACAACCCUCUCGAGACUUUGAGGGAUCCUUGACCCUAUUUUCCUCAUUCUCAAUGUCCCCGUGAAGUGUUCCCCAAGUAGAACUGUAUACCUGUGAAUGUCGCCAAGAAUUUGACAAAAUAUGGACCACAAAGUUAGCAAACUUGCUUCUACGGUGGAGAAGGCCGUGGUGCGUUAUUCCUACAGUGCUGAUAAUGAGGAUGAAUUAAGUCUGAAGGAGAACGAUGUGAUAGUGAUUCUAGACAAAGAUCUGGAGGAUGCUGGGUGGUGGAAAGGGGAACUGAACGGAAAGGUCGGGGUGUUCCCCGACAACUUUGUAGAACUCAUUCCGCAAGAGGAGCAGGGAUUAGACAAAUUCUCUAGGCCAGUGGCUAGCCCCAAAAUACCACCACAAGGGUCACAAAGAGCUUCUAGUUACAAGCCUAAACCCAAGAAGCCCCCUCCCCCGUCUGCAGUGCUGAAUCAACAGAAAUCGAAAUCACUGGAGAAAGACAAGUCACUGGACCACAAACAGUCCCCUGUCAUGGAUCAUGUGGCAGAUAAGUUCAUCAGGAAAAAAGAACCAGAGCCGGAGAAGCCUGCUCCACCACUCUUGCCAGGGAAAAAGCCAGUGUUACCUCCCCCCGUGGGGAAAAAGCCCACCAAGCCCGACCCUCCCCGCCCCACGUCUAAUGGGAAACCUUUUGUGGUGGGAGGGAGCAAGGAGGAGCCAGCCAGUCACAAAGAUAUACCUCAUUCUGAAUCUCACUUUGAUGGGAUGGAACCCACCUCAGAUAAACUUGUCCAUUUAACAGCUAACCGACCCCGUGGACCAUCAAAGAGGCCGCCAUCACAAAAAAAUAACAAAAGACUCAUAGAGGAGGAAGAAAGAAAUGGUGACAUAGAGACCCCAACUCACAAACAUCCCCCACCUGUGAAAGAAAUUACUGAGGAACCGGGGGUCCAGUUACCAGCUAAGGAGAGACAUCAUCACCACCACCACCAGGCUCUUCCUACAAGACCCCCCGAGCCGGCCCGACCCCCAGAGGCCAGUGUGGCUUCGUCAGGAUUGCUGUCAAUGAUUGAAGAACUUAAAAAAGAAAUCAGGGAACUUAGAACCAAUAGUGUUACAAAAGCAACUUAUGAUGAACUCAAGAAAGAAAAUGAGACACUCAGACAAGACUUCGAAACCUUCAAGACUUCCUGUUUACGGAAAAUUAAGGAUUUAAUUAACGAAGUGGACGAAGAGAAGAAGAUCCGUCUAAGUACGGAAGUGGAAAUGAAACGGAUUAAGAAGCUUGUUAAUGACGAAUCCCAUGUGUAGAUGCCACCUAUAUUGUUUUCAGUUCUGUGAUUCAAGGACAGUAACUCUGUCCUUGGAAAACAAAAAAAAAAUAUUUUCCUGGGAUAUUAUGGAGUUGUCAGUACAUUCUAGACAGGUUCCAACAAAAAAGUCCAUGGAAUUCCUUUUCCUUUUUUAUACCUUGGCACCUGGAUAUUAAUAAUACUUUGAGGAAUAAAUAAGAACUUGUCACUUUUUUUUAUGUGCUUCCAUGUUAUUGUAAACUAUAAACUCAGUGCUAUCUGUUUUCCUUUUGAAUCUCACUGGAAAUUAUUGUGAUCUGUUUUUUUUUUUAUGUAAAUUUUUUUUUAAGUCAAGGAGAAAUGGCACAUGUGAAAUUGUUAUUGAAAAGUAGUUGACCUGUUUAAAGGUCAAAGUUCAAGAGGUCAUUGUCAUAAGACCAUGUAGUGCUAGCACCUGUUAGAAUGUUUCACUCUGUGAAUUUCUUUUCCAUGUUGGUGAAUGUUGCAAGACGGAUUGAAUGGGUUGUGUUUACUUUUUUAAUGAAAAAAUUUAGUCAUUUAAUUAUAUAACAGAUUAUGUAUUAUUAUUAUUUCAAUAUUUGAUAGCUAUAAAAUAGUAAGGAAAAAAUUUUAUACAGAAAGGAUUUUUUUUUGUCCAUAAUAAUUGUAUGAUUAUUUAUGAUGUGUAUCAUAUAAGUAGAUUUUAGUGAAUUCAAUUUUUUUUCAGGACCUAUGUAUACUUAAUGCCCCUAAAAUCAUUAUUGGACCCAUCUUGUCACGUUUCAUAUGGGGUUGGAGUCAGUCUGUGUUCCUAAGAUAGGGCAUUUUCCGGCUACAGAGCCUAGCUAUAUUCCUCAGUAAGACUUUUCAUACUUUAUAAUGUAUUAUAUGUAUUUUUGUUAUGUUACUAAGUUUUCAAUGUAAAAGUGCUUUGAAAGACUCGGGGAUUGUGAAUGAUUAUUAUGUUCUUUGUAAAUGUAACUACAUUAAUUGUAUAAAAAUAUGUUGCAUAAGGUUAACUGAAAAUUCAGAACCUCUCAGUUUGUAAACUUAUUUUUUAAUCCAUUCCAGUGAUCUGGUUUUUUUUUUUUACAGAAUAUGUGACUGUAAUUUUGACAUUAGGGUAGGGGUAUUCAUUAUAGAAUUUAAUUCAUCGAAGUGUCUACGCAUACAUAUCAAGGGCUUUGUUUAGAUAUUUUAAGUUUCGUAAUCUAAAAAAAAAAAAUCCUUGAUUUAUCUUAUUCUAGCCAUAGUAACUACUUGUAAUUGGAAAGAAAAUAUUGAUUUUUUUAUCAUUCCAAAAGAUUUUAAAGUACAUGUAUCAUCAUUAUCAUAAGAUUAUUAUUGUAAACAAUGGUAAAGUUAAGAGAUGUGUGGCAACUGUAUUUCAUACAAUACUCGUUAAUGUAAACAUUUGCUUAAGGAAGGAUAAAAGAUUUACUACUGUUUAUUAAGUACACAAACAACUCAAAGCAUCUGAAUAUUUACAUAAACUGAUUGUUAAAUUUUCAAAGUUUAUUUUGAAAUUCUAAAGGUGCAUAUUUUAUGAUUCUAGUGCAAGUUAUACUGUUUUGUUUUUAAAAUUAAUUUCAAAUUUGAAGAUGACUGUUUUUUGUCAAUUUUUUGACAUUGUAGAAUGUUUGAUUUACUGAAAUAUUUUUUUUUGUCUGUUAAAUAUGAAUUUACACUUAUGAAGUAUUUUCCUAAUUACUGAUACACACUGUAUUAUAACACUGUAAUGUUUCAAAAUGAACACUUGAUUUGGCAGAUUUUGCCAACUGAUAAUUCUUAGAAGGCAUGAAUGAUUAUGUAUUUCUCAUCUGUGUACAGGAAAAUCUCUUCUUUUCAUUCACUGCUACCAUAUACUUUUUUCAUUAAAGGGCCAAAGUGCUCUUUUAAAACUUUGUAAAAGAAAUUCUUUUCCUUUUUGUUGAGCUUUGAAUUAUUAAAAAAAUAUCAAUUCAUUAAUUGAUUUAGAACCAGAUAAUUAUUCAGUAAAAGUACUUAAAUCCAUUUUUUUUCCCAGAAAAAACUUUAUUUUUGCAUACUUCCUGUUUCAUAAAACUUUAAAUACUGGGUACAAAAAAAUCAAGUUAUCAAAGAUUAUAACAAGUAAAAGAUAUUUUUACAAUUUUAACUAAAGAUAUUGGAACCUUAUGAAUUAUUAUUCAUUCAUAGAGUUAGAUUCUCCUUUUUUCAUGAAAUAUAUAAGUCAGUACUAGUUGAUCUGUGUCAUUUCACCACACAACAUAGGAGCAUUGACAUCCCAUGAAGACAUUCCAAACAAAAUACAGGCGUGUUGUGAGGGGACAACUCUGUACAGUAUAUAUGUAUUUAUUGUAAAUAAAUACCAAACAAACUGAAA